AUGAGCGCCAUGGACAUUGACCCACCUGAAAAGCCUGUCGUCAAGAACAAGGGUAAAGGACGAAUGGUCGCCACUGGAUCCCCUGAUUCGGAUCAUUUGCCUUGGGUUGAAAAGUAUCGUCCAAAGAAUCUUGACGAUCUCGUCUCUCAACGCAACAUUACGUCUACCUUGGAAACCUUUAUUGACGAGAAUCAACUCCCACACUUGUUGUUCUAUGGUCCUCCUGGUACAGGCAAAACUUCAGCUAUCUUGGCAUGUGCUCGUAAACUCUAUGGAGACAACUACAAAUCAAUGGUGCUUGAGUUGAAUGCAUCUGAUGAUCGUGGUAUCGACGUGGUACGAGAACAGAUCAAGAGCUUUGCCAGCACACGCACCAUUUUCAAUUCGGGUUUCAAGUUGAUCGUGUUGGAUGAAGCUGAUUCCAUGACAAAUCAAGCCCAAGCUGCUUUGCGUCGAGUGAUUGAAAAGUACACCAAGAACGUCCGUUUCUGCAUCAUUUGCAAUUAUGUGAGCAAGAUUAUACCAGCGAUCCAAUCUCGUUGCACGCGUUUUCGAUUUGCACCUCUCAAGCUAGACCAAAUAGAAGGACGAUUAGACAAGGUCGUGCGAUCGGAAGGAGUUAAUUUGACAGAAGAUGGCAAGAAGGCGCUGAUCAAAUUGUCUAAGGGUGAUAUGCGAAGGGCCCUCAACAUUCUUCAAGCAUGCCAUUCUGCGUACGAGCGUGUCGACAGCGCCGCUAUCUACAAUUGCACUGGCCAGCCCCAUCCUGAAGAUAUCGAACGUGUGGCGAAUUGGCUUUUGACAGAGAAUGACUUUAACAAGGCUUAUUCAAGCAUCGGGAAUUUGCAAAGGGAUAUGGGAUUAUCAUUACAAGACAUCAUCAGCGAGGUGUACAACUACAUACUUGGUAUCGAUAUUCCUGCAGCGACCUAUCAACAUCUCUUGGAACAGUUGGCCGAGUUGGAAUAUAGGCUAGCAGAAGGGGCCAAUGAAAAAAUCCAACUAGGUGCCCUGUUGGGAGCAUUCAAGAUGGGUAUCAAGAAAGCUGCAACUGCUUGA